AGCUUAUUUCCGGGCGCGAGGCUGCGGCUGAGAAGAGCACAGCGCGGCUGGGGGAAGCCGGUGAGGCAGAGCCGCGAUGUUCCGUAUCGAGGGCCUCGCGCCGAAGCUGGACCCCGAGGAGAUGAAACGGAAGAUGCGCGAGGAUGUGAUCUCCUCCAUACGGAACUUCCUCAUCUAUGUGGCCCUGCUGCGAGUCACUCCUUUUAUCUUAAAGAAAUUGGACAGCAUAUAAAGAUUGGACGUUACAUGUGACUGCAUGAUAUGAAGAACCUGGUUACAGUUUCUACUCUGCAAAUGAAUAGGCCCAGAAAGAUGUAAGAGACUCUGGUUGAAUGGACAUAAAAUUUCUGCUUGUUAAGAACAAGUUUGGUUGUGGUAACUGACCUUCAUAGCUAAAACAGAAAACUACUUGGGAAACACGAAAACACGUUUCUUAUGCCUGUGAUACUCAGCCUCCAUGGAUGUUGGUAUAAUUGUAAAUAAUGUCAAACUCCAUUUUCUAGCAAUUAUUAAUUAUAUAAGGGAAUUAUGUCUGCAGUGGCCCUGUCUUGUCAGUCAUUUCUAGUGACCUUUUUACUUCUGUCAGGAGUAUAUUGAAGGGCUCCUUAUGAUUAGUUCUGUUUUAUGGAAGCCAGCACACAUCCACAACAACAUUUAAGCACAGGACCAUUAGUCUAUAUUUUUAAUAAAUGUACCAAUUAAGAAAAAUUGUGUUGUUUUUUUUUUCUUCUAAACCUGCUUUUUGCUGCAAAUCAAUCACUGAUGAGACUACUGUAAUAUUGUGAUUAUUACAACUCUAUGAAAUUGAGUUCCUCUUGUUUUGGAAUGGAGAAUUUGCUAAUCCAAUGAAGCGAUAUUGUUUCAUUAAGCAACCUUUGUGAAAGGCAUCAUUCCUGCUUGGUGCUGAAGAUAUGUAAUACCACCAAAGGAAAAAACCGUGUAUUUUUAAAGUCAGAUAGUUCUCCAAGUUUGUUGGAGAAGGGGACAGUCUUGAAUCUUCCUCCUGGAGGCAGUGCAACUACAUUCACCUCUUCUUAGUUAAUUAUCUUGGUAUUUGCCUCAUGUCUCUAAAUAACAUGAUUGUAUGGAUUUUUCUGUUUUAGACUUACUGACUUCUCCAUGUCAGUAAGGAUUUAGGUCUUUUACCUCCCUUACUCAUACAUCUGAUUUUUUCUUCCUUUCAGUGUACUUAGUAUGAUUUUCAUUAGAUCAAUUUCAUUAGAAUUCCGGGUGCUGUUCGUUGUUUUCGUUUCCUGCACAUCUUUUUGUUUUUCCUGGGCUUAGUUUUCUAUGAAUUUACCACUAAACCAACUAAACCUUUUGCCAUUGCUCCCAGUGUUCAGUUUCAUUAGAUCCACUGUUUCAUCUUGCUGAAUUUCUCCUGGAGCUUUCUGACCUGCCUCAGUCUAGACUCGAAGUUUUCUGUAUAUGAUGUGUGACUGUACUCUGGGAUCUCUCUUCACCAUCAUCCUGGGAAUUCCUUUUCCUCUCCUCCCAUGUUGGAUCUCUUGUUUUCUGUAUCUCAUGUCCAGUGUGCAUUUUUUCACUGAAUCUUUGUAUUGAGUGCAGUACCCUGUCCAUAACUGCCUAGCAUCCCAAAAUCCAGAAAAUCUGCUAUUUUACCCUUUUCAGAAGAUGAACUUCUAAUUUGGUGAGGAGCCUGCUUAGCGAUGUAGAGUUGCUCAGAGCAUCUGCCUACUUAAACCUUCAACCAAUUCUUAUUUUCGUGUCUACCCCUUCACCUCCUACUUCCACAAGCAUAUGAAGCCACCAGUUCCUGAGCCUUUUAGGGAUCUAUGAUGUAAAUUGGGUUGUUUUGCUGUUCUUACUGUUAACUCAGGAUUCCCUUUUCUUGGGUCUGUCAUGUUAUUUACCACUUGUCCAACUGCUUUCCAACUUCUAACUUUGUUGCUGUUGUCUCUUUUCUUCCCUCCUUUUAGGUUUGUACCCUAAGACAAAUAAAAAUCUUUGCUGUCA